GUAUGAUAAUUUAGUCGAGUUAAGCAGUAUAUUAUAACAGUUGAAUAUUUUAUAAUAAACAUUUGAUAUUAAAUAUGAUGAACAUCAAGGUUAUUCUUUUACUUAGUCUAGCAACUUAUGCUUCGUGUACUGGCGGUACUGGAUCACCGGACGAUGAACCAAAAAACCAGAAGAAUAAUGUCCAAAAAAAUAAGAACUCUGAGUCCAAUGCUAAGCCCCAAAAAGGUUUAGUUCGUUCAUUUUGUUGUUGCAUCCCCCAAACAAAUUCAAACGAAGCACCUGUUUCAACUCCAACUGAAAAAAAUACUGAAGCUGAGGUAACUUAUACUGAGUUAUAUUCAUAUUUACAAAGUUCGUUCGAUGAUUGUUAUGAGUGGAUCAAACGUGCCAAUGCCGAAGAAGCUGAAGGCAUUAAAAAGGAAUAUUUUCUUAAAUAUAUGGGCGAACCAAAGGAUUUGGAACCUAUUUUUAAAAAUUUCUUCAAAGCUCAUCCAGAAAACGACAUUAAGUAUUACGCGUUUUUAAAUCUGACACGAUUUGGGCAACUUUUUGAAUACAUUUGCAAGAUAAAAAGAGUACCCGUAGAAAAUAUGGUUGAAGAUAGGAUAACGUCGGCAAAAACAAGGCAAUUACUACCUAUCAACACACAGAUUGAAGAUUCUGAUUUAGCCCCAGCAGAACAGAAAACUGAAGAACAACUGAAAAAGGAGUCGGACUACGUUAUGAAAAACCAGAAACAUAUUUUACAAAUACUUAGUGACACAACUGAAGAUAGACCUGUGCCUAAAGGUUUCAACGUAUUCGCAAGUAUCAAGCCGCUUUUGAAAAAAUGUGAAAGUGAUUGUAACAGGAAUAACGCUCCUAUUUCAUCUUCAUCUUCUGAUUUAGCUCCAGCAGAACAGAAAACUGAAGAACAACUGAAAAAGGAGUCAGAUGACGUAGCUAAGUAAUAAAACAGCGAUAAUAAGGCCACUACCAUCUUUCUACACAUUUCUUCAAUACAUUUUAAUAUGGGACCGCCGAUGACAAAGAAGACUUUUUAUCCGAUUAAUAUAAUAAUAUGUUAAUAUGUUUUU